UUCUGUCUGAAAAAUCGAUAACUCACGCCACCGUAACGCCGCCGCACAGUCGCCGUUGCCGUUUCCUCCCCACUCCAUUUUCAUCUUCAAUCUUCGAAACCAGACAUCUUUCGUCAACUUACUCUCUACCUACAUUUCACUUGCACAAACGAUCAGUGUCUUCAACUUCAACGUUCCUACCGGUUAGAUUCGAUUCCCAUUGUUUCUGCAGUAGGAGAAGCUGGAUUUCGCCAAGAGAUUAUGACGGCGAAGAAGAGAUUUGUAGCUGUUGCUUCCAGACGCCAAAUGCCGCCGUUUGUUUCUAAGUUUGUGAUCUCAUUGUUGAUACUCUUUUGUUUCGUCGCCUUUCUCGGACUCUUCUCUCAAUUAAAGCUUCAAUCGUCGUCCGUACCGACCGGAUUUUAUUUUGAUGACUUCCAUCUCGAAGAUUAUCGUUUGAAGAUUGCUUUCCUUUUUCUCGUUCGAGACAAUCUUCCUCUUGAUUUUCUUUGGCACAACUUCUUUAAGAAUGCAGAUCCCGAGAAUUUCACAAUUUACAUACACUCGAAGCCUGGUUUUGUGUUUAAUGAGUCAGUUACCAGAUCAGUGUUCUUCUACAACCGACAGUUGGAAAACAGUGUGGAGGUUGGUUGGGGUAAGCCAACUAUGAUUGAAGCAGAGAAGCUGCUGUUCAAGGCUGCCCUUAAUGAUCCAAGCAAUCAGAUAUUUGUUCUCCUCUCUGACAGCUGUGUACCACUAUAUGAUUUCAGUUACAUAUACACAUAUCUCAUGUCGUCUCCAAGAAGCUUCGUGGACAGCUUCAUUGAUGUCAAGGAAAAUCGCUAUAAUCCAGAGAUGUCCCCUGACAUACCUGAAGACAAAUGGCGGAAAGGAUCCCAGUGGAUCACAUUGGUCAGAAGGCAUGCGGAGAUGGUUGCAUAUGAUCAUGUUGUUUUCCCGAUCUUUGAGAAACACUGCAAGCGGCGACCGCUUCUAGACUUGAGCAAGGGAAACGAGUCUCUUAUAGAACAGCAGCAACACAAUUGCAUCCCAGAUGAACAUUAUGUUCCCACCUUACUUUCAAUGCGAGGUGUUGAAGAUGAAUUAGAGCGAAGAACAUUAACCUAUUCAUUAUGGAACCAGUCUACAGAAACGAUGAAUACACAAGCCUGGCAUCCUGUAACAUUUGGUUAUGCAAGUGCCAGCCAGAAACAUAUACAAGAUAUCAAGGAUAUCGACCAUAUUUAUUUCGAGUCUGAGAACCGGACCGAAUGGUGUGGUACUAAAUCUAGUAGUGGUUCUUGUUACUUAUUUGCAAGGAAGUUCUCACGUGGUGCAGCUAUGCGGCUUUUGACCAACGGGGUGGUUGGUCAGUAUGAUCCAAACACUUUGUUCCAAGACCUGACAUAGAUUCACUUCUUCGUUUUCUUCUACAGUCUUAGCAUAUGUAUACUUUGAGCUACGUGAUGUACAUAGGCAGGCGAUUGCAGAUAUAUAUACACCAAACAUCCGUCUUUAUGUGGGAGCAAUGACU